CUUCAACCUUCGUUCCAAACGCCCCUUUCAUUCCCUCUCUCUCUCUCCAUGGCUGAAGCAGAGCCUCUACCACCCCUAGCGCCUCCACCAACUCUUCGCCGUAGAAACUCAAUUGCAACUUCCGUUGUAAUCCCUACUCAACUCACUCUCCCUUCCAAACCUCUCUACACUCUCAGCCUCCCCACCGGAAACGGCUCCGACUUCGAGCUAGGCCAGCUGGCCUCUUUCAAAUCCUCCUUGUCAUACACUUCUUUAAAGGACAUCCUUCCUUCCACUGCUGUCAACUCGCCAACGGCCGCUCCCUCUGCCGCUGGUUCCGCCUGUGAAAUUUCCAUUCGUAAUCGCCUCGUUAAGCAGGCGGCGUGGGCUUACCUGCAACCGAUGUCUUCUUCGCCGGAUUCUUCAAGCCAACACUUCCUCCGCCGUCUCUGGCUCCAACUCUCUACUCGCAAUCCUAUCACUGCUUGUAUUCGGUUCAUUAGUAUUCAUAUUAUUCCUAGUAUUACCGGAGCCUUUGAUUGGAUCAUCCAAGCGAUUCGGAUCCAAAUCCAUAGGUAGCACUGGCUAACCAUUUUUAGUAAAAAUUCUAAAUAUUGUAUCUAAUCGAGUUGUUGUGCUGUUUAAUUUUUUGUAGUAGACUCGUAAAGAUUACAAACAAAAACAAAGAAAAGAAUGAAUCGAAUUGAACUCGAAAUGGAAAAGAAAUACAGAGUUUUUUUUUUUUUUUUUUUCAAUUUUCUCAUUUAGUUUUAGAGGAAUUUGCCUAUUUUUUUACAAUCACAGAUUACAAAUUAUCUUUCAUCUUCAGUUUUGAAUUGGUUUCAUACGGCGGAGCCUCAGCCGAGCUUGGUGGAGAUUAGCAUUGGCGUCGGUUUCAGAGCCGCCGGUGCUUGUGCUUGGGUCCACCGUCUGUAAAUAUUCUGUUUCUUCAUUGAGUUUGACUUGGACGCUAUUAGCUUUUGGUGAAUCUGUAACUGAGCGGUUGAUUCUGCCGCUUGGCGGCGGCGGAGCCCUUGGUGGCCACUUGCUGGUCCUGUGUUUGCUCAUUGAUGGCGAUUCAUUUAAACCUGUAGGUGCAGGUGGUGCGCUUGGUUCAUAGUCGUCCCUCUUCUGCAAGUUAAAGAUCAAAUUUAUUAUUAAUUGUGAUUAAUUACAUGGAAGAAAUCCAAUUUCUGUUGUCUUAGCUUUUGCUAUAUAAGUAUUAUUUUUGUAAUUAGAAUAAUUGGGUUGUUGUUUACACUUCA